CGCAGAAGAGGACAUCCCGGAGGGCGCAUCCACCCUCGCAUUCGUGUUUGACGUGACCGGCUCCAUGUACGACGACCUAGUCCAAGUAAUAGAGGGGGCGUCCAAGAUUCUGGAGACAUCCUUGAGUAGACCAACUCGACCACUCUACAAUUUUGCUUUGGUUCCCUUCCAUGAUCCAGAAAUCGGACCCGUAACUAUCACAACAGAUCCAAAGAAAUUCCAGUAUGAGCUGAGGGAGCUGUAUGUUCAGGGUGGCGGUGACUGUCCAGAGAUGAGCAUUGGCGCUAUCAAAAUUGCCCUGGAGAUCUCACUGCCCGGAUCCUUCAUUUACGUCUUUACGGAUGCCCGCUCCAAAGAUUACAAGCUCACCUACGACGUCCUUCAACUCAUUCAGCAGAAACAGUCCCAGGUGGUGUUUGUGUUGACGGGGGAUUGUGAUGACAGGACUCACAUUGGCUACAAGGCAUAUGAGGAAAUUGCUUCCACCAGCUCUGGACAGGUUUUUCAUCUCGACAAGAAACAGGUCAAUGAGGUUUUGAAAUGGGUGGAAGAGGCUGUGCAGUCCUCCAAGGUCCACCUGUUGUCAACCGAUCACUCCAAUGGGGUCAGCAACACCUGGCGGAUCCCCUUUGACCCCAGUCUCAAGGAAGUCACUGUUUCCCUCAGUGGCCCCAAUCCAGACAUCCAAAUUAUAAACCCUCAGGGAAGGAUGGUGGGCAAGAGUGACGGUCUGACUGAGCUGUUGCACAUUCCCAACUCUGCCAAAGUUGUCAACAUCAAGGAGCCGCAGACCGGCUUGUGGGUUAUCAAGACUUCUAGUGAAGGAAGACACUCAGUUCGUAUCUCCGGGCUCAGCAGCAUAGACUUCCGAGCCGGGUUCUCCCGAAAGCCCACGAUGGAUUUCAAAAAGACGUUGAGUCGUCCAGUUCAAGGUAUUCCCACCCACAUCCUGCUGAACAUAACUGGACUCUCUCCACCUGCUCGGCCCGAUAGGCUCGAGCUCUUGGCGAUAACGGGCAAAGUGAUUAAAACUCUGCCUAUCCGCUACUACCCUGAACGCCAGCCAUACAGCCUCUGGAACAUCACCGAUUUUAUUCCACCCGAUGAAGCCUUCUUUCUGCGGGUGACAGGAUAUGACCGAGAUGGUUUUGUUUUCCAGAGAGUCUCCAGUGUGUCCUUCUCAAGUAUUAUACCAGAUGCCCCCAAAGUGCUGAUGCCAGCUAUUACCCAUGGUUAUUAUCUCCAAAAAGGGACUGUUACAUGUCAAGUGGAAAGCCUAAUUCCCUUCACUCUUCGCUUCAGCAGUGACGGAAGACGACUUGGGGUGGAUCAGCUAUUCAGGGAGUCCGACACAGGCUCAUGGGAAAUACAAGUGGUAACUUCAAAGGAUGAAGGCUACUAUGAGUGCAUCGCUAUCAACAGCGCCGGGACAGGACGAGCUCGCACCUUUCUGGAUGUAUCGGAGCCACCUCCUGCCAUCACAGUUGAAGGCAAUGUGACAAGUUCUCCCGGAUCCCAAGCUGUCCUCACCUGCCAUGUUGCCAGCACAGUCAGCUUCAACCUGACUUGGUUGAGAGAGGGUCUCCAUGCCCGUCUGGACCCUCGGAUACGCGUCUUGACUAACCUUUCACUUCAAGUAUCUUCCGUCACGCCCCAUCACUCAGGCUGGUAUGAGUGCAUCGCUGUAAAUGAAGGAGGGAUGACAGCAAAGCGGGUCAACCUCAUUGUGCAAGAAACACCUCGUGUCUCAGUGGUGCCUCGCAACCAGACGUUUACAUCAGGAGAAGAAGUGAAGAUCAAAUGCUCGGCCAGCGGCUACCCGCCACCUCUCCUGGCCUGGACGCACAACGGCAUGUUUAUCAUGGCAUCAAGCAGACACAGAAUGACUGGGGAUGGCACACUAUCAAUAAGAAACAUGGAGAAGAUGGAUGAAGGCGUCUACGGCUGCUUGGCCAGCAACCAAGCGGGAACCGAUUCCUCUGUUUCUAUCCUCGCUUAUAUCGAAUCUCCUGUGGUGACGGUGGCCGUGAAUGAGAUUCUCAGUGGUAUCGGAGAAACCACCGUGAUGGCAUGUUCUGCAUCUGGAAUCCCUCGGCCGGAGAUCUGGUGGUACAAAGGUGAUUUCCAAUUGCAGUCGACAUCUUCGCUGGACAUCGAUGCACUGGCAGGUACAAUGACCAUCAAGAAUACGAAGGAAGUUGAUGCCGGAGACUACACUUGCGUGGCUACCAACACUGCCGGUACUUCGACGGGAAAGCUUGCUCUUGAUGUGGGCGAUGCACCAAAGUUCACCCAGGAGCCAUUAAACGCGGCGGCGGACAUCGGUUCCGACGUGACACUGGCGUGCCAAGCCCAAGGCUAUCCAGCUCCGCAAGUCACCUGGAGGAGACUGGACGCUUUGCCCCUUUUCAAUAAGUACCGCGGACAUAGCAUCGUUACUCAAGACAAGAGAGGUCUUCAUAUCGCUAACUUGUGGGUUGAGGAUGAGGCCCAAUAUGUCUGCGAGGCAUCAAACCAUUUUGGCAAGAUCCAAAGCCAAGCCAGCAUCACUGUGACAGGACUGGUACCGCCUGUCAUUGCAAUGAGCCCAAGUGUGAUCAGUGUGAUCAAGGACCAGCAGGUGACAUUACCCUGCGUUCUAUUGGCCGGCAAUCCGCUGCCCGAGAGACAAUGGCUCCAUAACUACGGCUUUGUGACUUCAGAUGAGUAUGUGAGCGUGCGGAGGGAUGGCAGUCUGCACAUUGAGCGAGUUCAGCUCAACGAUGCCGGCGACUACACUUGCUUGGCUGAGAGCCUCGUUGGGGCCACCAACCACACCACCACUGUCAACGUCCACGUGAUUCCAUCCAUUCAGCAUGGCCCUCAAGUUUUCAGCACUAUCGAGGGGACGCCCAUCGCUCUGCCCUGCCGUGCCAGUGGGAUACCGACGCCUCGGAUCACCUGGUCCAAGGGUGGGGAGCCUUUUAACUUGGGUGGUCCAGCCUUCUCCUUGGACUCUGACGGCAGCUUGCUGAUUGCCUCACCCUCUGGAAAUGAGACGGGAGAGUUCCUCUGCACAGCUGCCAAUGCUGCUGGUCACACCUCAAGAAAAGUUCAGCUUACCGUUUAUGUUCGCCCGAGGUCCAAUGCUGCUGGUGCCAGAGGCUCCUCUGACCCAACAAGGAUGUCGGUGAUUGAGGGCAAGGAUGCAAUUUUACCCUGUGAAGUCCAGAGUGUCCCUCCACCCUCCAUUAGCUGGGCCAAGGAGAGGCAGCUCAUCUCUCCUUACUCCCCAAGGCACCAUCAGCUCUCCUCAGGGUCACUGAAAAUCUUCGAGACCAAAUUGUCAGACAGUGGCCUCUAUGUAUGUCUUGCCUCCAACAUUGCUGGCAACCUAACUCAAACCAUAGAAUUGAGUGUUCUGGUGCCCCCGAGUAUCCAGGCUGGUCCCAAGGUCAUGAAAGUCCAGAUGGGUCAUCUUGUGGAGCUUCUGUGCAUAGCCCAAGGUGUACCGAAGCCCGCCCUUUCCUGGACAAAAGAUGGCCGGACUUAUCCUAUGUCACCUGAUGGCACUCUCACUUUGGACCCAGUGGGCCUGGACGAUGAAGGAACUUACACCUGUACAGCAGUCAACAUGGCAGGCAGUGAUGAAGCUCAAAUUCAACUACUAAUCCAAGUUCCCCCAGUGGUUGAAAUCUUGGAGCCCCCAUUCAAUAGUCCCUUCCAGGAGAGAGUUGCAAACCAACGAAUUGCCUUCCCCUGCCCAGCCAAAGGCCUUCCCAAGCCAGUGAUUCGAUGGCUACGUAACGGCCGGGAGCUGACCGGCAAUGAGCCCGGCGUGUCUAUCCUGGAGGAUGGCACUCUGUUGAUUCUCGCAUCUUUAUCACCGUUGGACGACGGAGAGUAUGUCUGCACCGCUGCUAAUGAUGUUGGCUCGACAGAGAAGAAGUACCAGCUCAAAGUCAAUGUUCCCCCAACAUUUCGAGACAGUGACGCUUCGGGAAACCUUUCUGUCGUUCAGAGCCAGCCCACCAGUUUGGUUUGUGAUAUAACAGGAAGCCCCACCCCAGUUAUCACUUGGUACAAAGAUGGAAUUCUCGUAGAGGCCAGUAACAGUAUCCAGAUUGUGGAUAAGGGGAAAAGCCUAAAACUACUGAAGGCUGCCACAGCAGAAGCAGGCAGCUACACCUGCAAAGCCAUCAACAUUGCCGGGAGCACAGAAAAAGACUUCUUUGUCAAUGUAUUGGUCCCGCCCAGCAUUGCAGGGUCCGACUCUCCCCAUGAUCUGUCCGGCACUCUCAAACAAGAGAUCAGAUUGGAGUGCAAGGUGAAAGGCGUGCCGUUUCCCACAAUCCAGUGGUACAAGGACAGAAAGGUGGUUUUUCUUGGGGAUCCAAACUUGGAGGUCCUCGACCAUGGUCAAGUUUUAAGAAUUCGGAGUGCCCGUCUUGGAGACCAGGCGAGGUAUCAAUGUAGUGUCAUGAACACGGCUGGGAAACAGUCCAAGGACUUCAAUCUCAAAGUGUAUGUUCCCCCAUCCAUCCGAGGCGGUGACCAAACAACGGAAGUUAGCGCCCUGCUGGACACAGUAGUUACGCUUGAGUGCGAAGCGCGGGGAGUCCCACUCCCCGUCGUCAACUGGUACCGAAAAGGAGAGGCCGUCCUGUCGAGCCGCCAGUCGCAGUACGUGGAGCAGGGUCGUUACCUGAAGAUCCCUCGGGCGCAGGCGUCAGAUGCCGGCCGGUACGCCUGCAAGGUGACCAACGUGGCCGGGACUGCUGAAAAGAGCUUUGAGCUUGAUGUCUACUUGCCUCCUUCCAUAGCAGGGGGACAGAGUGGAUCUUCUGAAAGAAAGGUGGUCCUGAGUAAGCCUCUCAUCUUGGAGUGUGAAGCUGGUGGCUACCCUCCCCCUUCCCUUACCUGGCUGAGAGACGGCGUUCCAGUCCAGCAUGGAGACAAUGUCCGAGUCCUCGACCAAGGGAGGAAAAUAGAAAUGCUGUCAGCUACGGUGUCGGACUCGGGACGCUACGUUUGCGUGGCAACGAGCAUUGCUGGGGAGACAGAAGUCACGUACGACGUCAUCGUUUUGGUGCCGCCCAUAAUUGAUGGAGGAGAUGAGAUGACUGACAGCACUGUCAUAAUACACAACCCUCUGGAGCUGGACUGCCACGCCACCGGGACGCCGGCACCUACCAUAACGUGGUAUAAAGACGGGCAAGUCGUCAGACCUGGAGACGGGCUGCGACUUGCAGCCAGUGGAUGGCGACUGAUUAUCCCCCGCGCUCAGGUCUCCGACGCGGGUCGCUUUCAAUGUGUGGCCUCCAAUGAAGGAGGAGACCAUGAGAAGGACUUCAAUGUGCUUGUGCAAGUUCCGUCAUCGAUUCGUUCCACUGGUACCGCUGAGCGUGCGGUGGUCCUGCACAAAGCAAUCAAUCUGGAGUGCAUCUCCAGUGGCAUCCCCGCGCCCACUCUUACCUGGCUUAAAGAUGGUCGACCCCUCGAUGCAUCACAGGAGCACUUUAAGCUGGAGUCAGCAGGCAGAGUGCUGAAGAUCACAGGGGCAAGACAAGAAGAUUCUGGGAAAUACACCUGCCUGGCCACCAAUGCUGCGGGCGAAGCUCAGAAAAGCCUACGGCUCAGUGUCCAUGUGCCGCCCAGCAUCUCAGCCUCUGGGGAAGUCAUCAACCAGACCAUCUUGUCAGGCUUCUCUACUGAGCUCGAGUGCAAGGCCACAGGCAGUCCGUUACCUGCGAUAACAUGGUACAAAGACGGCCGACCUCUGACAAGCACAGCCGGGGUGACUCUGCUGAAACGUGGCCAAGUGUUGGAGAUGGAAAGAGCUCAGCUAUCCGACGCAGGGCUGUACAGAUGUGUAGCAGUCAACUUGGCUGGAGUUGCCGAGACAUCCCACAGCUUGCAGGUGUUUGUGCCUCCAGUCAUCUCUAGCCGAGGUGGCACAGUAACAGUCGUCGUGAACGAGGCUGGCAGACUGGAAUGCGAGGCGACUGGCGUGCCCUUACCGAGUCUCACCUGGCUCAAAGAUGGAAGCCCAGUGACAAGUGUAUCUCAUGGAAUACAGGUCUUGUCCAGUGGCAAGGUGCUGUCUCUGAGCAGUGCACAGGUGAGUGACAUGGGCCGCUAUACCUGUGUCGCUGUCAACGCUGGAGGAGAGCAACAGCGAGAUUAUGAUCUAAGGGUUUACGUGGCGCCCAACAUCAAGGGGGAGGAGAUGAACGCCACCGUGAUGCUCGGCAGUCCUUUGGAGCUGCACUGCCUGAGCGAUGCCAUUCCCCCACCCGCUCUGUCGUGGCGCAAAGAUGGCCGCCCGCUGUUCAGGAAACCUGGUCUGGCUUUCUCAGAGGAUAGGAGUUUGCUCAAGCUUGACAGUGCUCAAGUGCAGGACUCAGGCCGCUAUACCUGUGAAGCCACCAACAUUGCUGGCAAGACAGAGAAGAACUAUAAUGUGAAUGUGUGGGUUUCUCCAAGCAUUCGAGGCUCACAAGAGGUGUCACCACUCACAGUGGUUGAAGGAAAUCUCAUCACACUGCUGUGCGAAUCCACUGGCAUACCACCUCCCAGUCUAAGCUGGAGAAAGGAUGGUGCGGUACUCCAGUCCGACGAGCGGCUCAGGGUUUUAUCGGGAGGUCGUCAGCUGCAGAUUUCCAACGCAGAAAGGGCGGACGCAGCGAACUACGUCUGUACGGCUUCCAGUGCAGCCGGCAGCGCAUCCAAGGAGUACAGCCUGCAGGUUUACGUCCGCCCUUCCAUCAGACACGGCGAGGGUGACACCGAUGCCGUGGUUGUGACAAAAGGAGGCAACGUGACGUUACAGUGCGCGGCGGAUGGCCUGCCACGGCCGACGCUCACCUGGCUGAAAGACGGACGGCCCGUCACAGGGCUGCGUAGCGCUAAGCUUCUGAAUGAGGGAAGGCUGCUUCAGAUUCAAGAUGCUAAGAUUUCAGACACGGGACGCUACACGUGCAUCGCGGUUAAUGCGGCAGGGCAGGCCGACAGCAAGCACGACAUCAGCGUGCACGUCCCACCAACUAUCGUGGGCCAGGUUCAGUUCCCAGAAAAUGUCAGCGUUGCGGUGAAGAACCCUGUGGCUCUGAGCUGCGAGGCCUCCGGCAUUCCUCUUCCUGCCAUCGCCUGGCUGAAGGACGGUCGACCGAUCAGCGGGAGCAGUUCUGUUCGUGUGCUUUCAGGAGGGCGUAGCCUGCGUCUAAUGCACGCGGCCAUCGAGGAUGGCGGGAGGUACACCUGCAUCGCAUCAAACAGCGCUGGAGAAGAAAAGAAACAUUUGGACCUAAACAUCCUUGUUCCACCAAGUAUCGUGGAAGAAGGAAGUGUCACGGACACCAAAGUGAAGGAAAGGCACAACGUUACGCUGACCUGUGAGGCCUCUGGCAACCCAAUUCCAGAAAUCACGUGGCUAAAGGAUGGAAAACGAUUACUGGCCGACACACGCCACCAUGUCAUGUCUCAUGGGCGUUACCUCGUCAUUUCCGGCGUGCAAGUGGCUGACACCGGCAGAUACAGCUGCCUCGCGUCGAACAACGCAGGAGAUCGCAGUCGCCAUUUCAACCUCAAUGUCCUGGUUUCUCCCACCAUUGCCGGGUCAGGACCGGACGGUUCGGCCGAAGAGGUGACGGUAACCUUGAGUAGCCCCACCUCGCUGGUGUGCGAAGUUCAGUCGUUCCCCCCCGCACUGAUCACCUGGCUCAAAGAUGGCAUUUCCUUUGAGUCCGGUCCUAAUGCCAGAGUUCUUCCAGGUGGGCGGAGCCUGCAGAUUCUUAACGCAAAAGAAGAGGAUGCUGGACGUUACACUUGUGUUGCCACGAAUGAGGCUGGAGAGACACUCAAGCUGUUUGAUGUCAAAGUAUACGUUCCCCCGCAAAUCGAUAAAAACGACAUCCCGGGUGAUGGACUAGCGCCUAAAGAAGUCAAGAUCAAGGUCAAUGGAACGCUAACGUUGGAGUGCGCAGCGCAGGCCUUUCCUAGCCCAGCACUGCAGUGGUACAUGGACGGAAAGAUUCUGCGGGCAGAUGAGCACGUGUCCAUUGCAGCUAAUGGUCGGAUUGUUCAGAUCCGACAUGCUCAGGUGUCCCGCACUGGCCGUUACACUUGCGUAGCCACGAAUGUAGCUGGAGAGGACGAGAAGGACUUUGAUGUAAAUAUACAAGUUCCUCCCAGUUUCACCAGAACUGGUGAUCCACUGUCCCCGUCCGAUUUCGGGGUGGAUGCCCGUGAUGUGAUUCUCAACAAUCCAAUCUCUCUAUAUUGUGAGAGCAAUGCCGUACCGCCACCGACUCUCACCUGGUACAGAAAUGGCCAGGCCCUGAACUCCAAUGACAACAUUUUGAUCAUGCCAGGAGGAAGAGUGUUACAGAUCCCCAGGACUCAGGCGGAGGACUCGGGCAGGUACACAUGUGUGGCUGUCAAUGAAGCAGGAGAAGAUUCGAUUCAGUAUGACCUUCGAGUAUUAUUGCCCCCCACGCUACGAGGGGUACACAACGAUUUACCUGACGAGGUGACGGUCUUAGUCAAUAAAACAAGCUUGUUGGAAUGCCAUGUGGAUGGCAACCCCGCCCCUAAGAUCACCUGGUUGAAGGACAACCAGCCAAUCAGCUCUGACGGACCUCGUAAGAUUCUCUCCAAUGGCAGAACACUUCAGUUGUUGGCAGCUCAAGUGUCUGACACUGGAUGCUACGUGUGUGUGGCUGACAAUGUGGCUGGAAGUGUUGAGAAAUCCUUCAAUCUUAAUGUCCACGUUCCUCCUACUAUUUUAGGCCUAAACCAUGAGAAUGUGACAGUGGUGGUGAACAACUUUGUGUUCCUGUCAUGCGAAGCCAUGGCUUUCCCCCCUCCUACCUUGACUUGGUUAAAUGACAGGGGGCCACUUCAGGCCAACGCCAAUGCACUCAUCAUGCCGGGUGGUCGUACUUUACAAAUCUUGAAAGCCAAAGUAUCAGACGGCGGGAAGUACACUUGUGUUGCCACGAAUGCGGCAGGAGAGGCUUACAAGAACAUUUACCUCACCGUGUUUGUUCCUCCCAGUAUCCGGGACAAGAACGGCGAUUCUCCCGUUGUGGUGAAUGUGCUUGCGGGGGAAUCGGUGACUUUGGAGUGUGAAUCCAAUGCAGUUCCUCCUCCCAUCAUCACCUGGUACAAGAAUGGAAGGAUGGUGACAGAGUCUGUCAACUUGAGCAUUCUUGCUGGAGGGCAAAUGCUUCGGAUCAGAGCCUCAGAAGUGUCUGAUACCGGACAAUAUGUGUGCAAGGCAACCAACAUUGCCGGUCAGAUGGAUAAGAACUUCCAUCUGAAUAUUUACGUUCCCCCUCACAUUGACGGUCCUGCUGAGGAAAAGGUUGUCGAAACCAUCAGCAAUCCAGUCACCUUUUCCUGUGAUGCUGCCGGGAUCCCGCCUCCCAGUCUCACGUGGUUGAAGAACGGACAACCGAUAGAAAGCUCAGUUUCUUUGGAGAUGCACAUCUUCUCUGGAGGCAGCAAGCUUCAGAUUGCACGGUCACAGUUGUCUGACAGUGGCACUUAUACUUGCUCGGCCUCCAAUGUGCAAGGCAAAGCGCAGAAAAACUACCACCUCACCAUACAAGUUCCCCCCAGUAUCUCUGGAUCAGAGUUACCCAGUGAGAUUGGGGUCCUGCUAAAUGAAAGCAUACAGCUGGCAUGCCAUGUCCAGGGAUCGCCAACUCCGACCAUCCAAUGGUUAAAAGAUGGACAAGUUAUGAACAAUACAGGGAAUAAGGACUUCAGGAUCAGUCCAGAUGGCAGCAUUCUCACAGUGACUGCUACCUACACCACUGACAGUGGCAAGUAUACCUGCGUGGCCUCCAACAGUGCCGGAGAAGAAGACCGGAUAUUCAAUUUGAAUAUAUAUGUGCCUCCUGCGAUUGAGGCCAACGAUGAAAAAGUCGAGGAAUUGACGGCAGUCCUGGACAACUCGGUCAGCAUCGAAUGCGUAGCGACAGGAUCUCCUCCGCCCCAGCUUAAUUGGCUCAGAAACGGCCUCCCCCUUCCAGUGUCUUCACACAUACGUCUUCUCUCUGCUGGCCAGCUGCUCCGGAUUACACGCACCCAAGUGUCUGAUGCUGGCACCUACACCUGUGUGGCAUCAAAUCGAGCGGGAGUUGACAACAGACAUUACAACCUACAUGUGAAUGUCCCCCCAGUUCUGGAUGGAGCAGGGAGCACGGAUGAGGUGACUGUAGUUCGAGGGAACCGGGCUUCUCUGUUGUGUUUAGCCGAUGGAAGCCCAACCCCGUCUGUCAGCUGGCUCAAAGAGGGGGAACUCCUCUCGUAUGACACCCAACUGAAACGAGUCAACCAAAACACAACAAUUCAGUUCCUCCAGGCUCAAGUCAGUGACGCAGGACAUUACACUUGUAUUGUCAGCAACACCGCUGGUCAAGCAAGCCGUCAUUUUCAUUUGAAAGUUCUCGAGCCUCCGCAAAUCAAGGCAUCUGAUGGAGCAACCGAAGUUUCCGCGGUGGUUAAUAAUGUACUGGAGCUUCAGUGUGAGGCCUCGGGUAUUCCUCCGCCCUCCUUGACGUGGCUGAAGGAUGGACGUCCGAUCCCACAAACAGACAGCCUGCGACUCCUUCAAGGAGGAAAAGUGCUCCGCGUCGCAUCGGCACAGUUGGAGGACACUGGCAGAUACAACUGCUUAGCCAACAGUCCAGCAGGAGAUGAUGACAAAGAAUUCUUAGUGCGAGUGCAUGUUCCUCCUAACAUUGCGGGGGAGAGCACUCCUCAGGAUGUGUCCGUGCUACAGAACAGACAGGUGACUCUGGAAUGCAAGUCUGAUGCUGUUCCACCUCCAACUCUAAGCUGGCUUAAAGAUGGUCAACCAUUGCAGGUGUCUGCACGUGUGCGCUUUCUCUCUGAGGGCCGCUACUUACAGAUCAACAUGGCUGAGCUGAGUGACAAGGCCCAAUAUACGUGUGUGGCCAGUAACAUUGUUGGCAAAACCACACGCGAGUUUAACCUGACCGUCAAUGUGGCACCGACAAUCAAAGACGGCCCUCAGACCGUGUUUGUUCUUCUUGAUAAGCCAGUUGUGCUUGAGUGUAUUGUCAACGGUGUGCCAGCACCCCGGGUCACAUGGAGAAAACAUGGAGCUGUAUUGGCUGGAAGUAACCCCAGGCAUACCUUUAUGGAUGAUGGCUCGUUACACAUCCACUCUGCGCAGGUGACCGACACCGGCCGCUAUUUGUGUAUGGCCACGAACCCGGCGGGGACGCAACGCAAGAGAGUAGACCUCGAAGUAUAUGUGCCUCCCUCUAUCCUUGAUGGACGCACCAAUGUGACGGUUACCGUCAAUGUUCAAACCACCCUCGCUUGUGAGGCCAGUGGCAUACCCAAGCCCUCGGUGGUCUGGAUGAAAAACGGACAAGAACUCAAUACUGACCAGAACCAGAAUAUGUACAGAUUGCUCAGUUCGGGUUCACUGGUAGUGAUAGCACCCACAGUGGAGGACACGGCUUUGUACGAAUGUUUUGUCUCCAAUGAGGCGGGGGAAGAUGCCAGAUUCAUCAAUCUCACUGUCCAAGUUCCUCCAUCCAUAGCUGAUGAACCCACAGACCUCGUCGUCGCGAGACUGUCACCAGUGGUCAUUGCCUGUACUGCCUCGGGCAUCCCAGAUCCCACAAUUCAUUGGAGCAAAGAUGGCGUUGAGACGCUCAAGCUGGGACAAGGAUACAGGAUCUUGCACACGGGUCAAAUUGAAAUAAGCUCAGCUGAGCUCAGUCACGCAGGACGCUAUUCAUGCACAGCGAAGAACGCCGCAGGCUCGACUCAACGCCACGUGCUGCUCACUGUGCAGGAGCUUCCCGAGAUCCAUUCCCACCCAUCCACCCUGGAGGUGAUCCUCAAUAAUCCCAUCGUGCUGCCCUGCAGGGCCACAGGCUCACCAAGGCCGACAAUCACCUGGCAGAAGGAGGGCAUCAAUAUACACACCGCAGGUGGAAGUUUCACAGUGCUACCUAACGGGAGUCUCCAGAUCAUCAAGGCGUCUGUGUCCAACUCUGGAACUUAUAUAUGCGUGGCUCAAAACCCAGCGGGUACAGCCUUGGGCAAGACCAAACUCAGAGUCCAGGUACCUCCAGUCAUCAGAUCAGACAGGCAAAAGUACCUGGCUCCCGUGGACUCCUCGGUGACGCUGCAUUGUCGAUCGGAUGGCGUCCCUCCACCUUCCGUGACGUGGCACAAAGACGGGCAGCCCGUGGGGGAAUCCGUACGUCAGCGAGCGCUGGCUUCGGGCUCCUUACAAGUGGCAUUCGUCCACCCGGCCGAUACGGGAAUUUACACUUGCACCGCCUCCAACUCGGCGGGAAGCGCAAGCCUGGAGAUGAGCCUGACCGUGCAGAUCCCCCCCUCCAUUCUUGACUUAGAAGAGGAAGUAGUUGUGGUGGAAGGUAAGCAGGCCCAGCUGGCAUGUGUGGCCAAGGGCGUCCCACAACCCAGCCUGUCUUGGGAGAAGGACGGUGUUCUUUUAGGAGUGCAAACAGGAGAAUACACCAUUUUGCCUUCUGGGGAGCUUGUGAUUGAGACCGCUCAGCCUGGUGAUGCAGGAAGUUACACAUGUGUAGCCAGCAAUGAUUUGGGUCACGACAGUCGGACCGUGAGUCUGUCUGUUCAUACCCAGCCGGUCUUCACCGAGUUGCUUGGUGACAUCUCCCUCAACAAGGGCGAGCGCCUCCUGCUGGAAUGCGGAGUCAGCGGGAUCCCCCUGCCCAGGAUCACAUGGGCCUUCAACAACAACAUCGUUCCAGUUCACUAUGAUCACAUGAGCGGCCACAGUGAGUUGGUGAUCGAGAGAUUGAGUAAAGAAGAUGCUGGCACUUACACCUGUGUGGCAGAAAACCCAGUUGGAAGCAUCAACUCUUUGGCUUUUGUAGAUGUCAAAGAGCCUCCCAUCAUUGACGGGGACCUUCACUCCAAUCGUGUCGAACCUCUCGGCGCCAAUGCCGUCCUGAACUGUGACGUUCGGGGAGACCCGCUUCCUACCAUCCAGUGGAGCAAAAAUGGAGUCAACUUACACAUCGACGACCGCGUCCGUCAACUGGACAACGGUUCUCUGGCCAUCUAUGGCACAGUGGUUGAAGAUGCAGGCACCUAUAUUUGUGUGGCAGUAAAUAUUGCUGGCGUUGUGCAAAAAAGUGUCUCCCUGACCCUACAGAGUGCGCCCACCUUUACAGUAGAGCCCGUAACAACGGUGGUGGACGCCGGCACUACAUUGGUGCUCAAUUGCCAGGCGGAGGGUGAGCCCACCCCUGUGAUAGAAUGGUCUCGCCGAGGACGCCCUCUUUUAGCCAGCGACCACUUCUCCAGUCUGUCAAACGGCUCCCUCAGGGUGAACAGUGCCCAGAAGGAGGACACAGCUGAGUAUGAAUGCGUGGCGAGAAACUUACUUGGAUCAGUACUGGUUCGGGUUGGACUGACUGUUCGAGUGCACGGAGGCUACUCGGAGUGGGCCGAAUGGGGCCCUUGCAGUUCAACAUGUGGAAUUGGUUCCCAGAAGAGGCAGCGACAAUGUAACAAUCCACUUCCCGCUAACGGGGGACGCCACUGUGCAGGAUCGGAUACGGAGACACGCAGUUGUCACGGGAAGCCUUGUCCGGUUGAUGGUAAGUGGUCAGAGUGGUCUUCGUGGGAGGAGUGCUCUCGCACAUGUGGACACGGUAACAGAACCAGGGUGCGGAGCUGCGCUAAGCCCCCGGCUCAGCAUGGAGGCAGGCCGUGUGAGGGAAGGGCCCUUGAGGUCAUCAUGUGUAGUGUCCGACCUUGUCCAGUGGCAGGUGGCUGGGGGCCUUGGCUUCCUUGGAGCCCAUGCAGUGAGACCUGUGGAAAAGGGAUGCAGUCCAGAAUCCGGCUGUGCAACAACCCCCCGCCCGCAUUCCAUGGGUCACCGUGCGAUGGCACAGACACACAAACUCAAGUGUGCAAAGAGAGAGCAUGUCCCGUUGAUGGGAAGUGGUCAUCGUGGGUGAGCUGGGGAGCCUGCAGCGUCUCCUGUGGGGGUGGCACCAGACAGAGAACACGCCUCUGCGCCAGCCCUGGCCCGCAAUACGGCGGCAGGCAGUGCGAAGGCAACGACGUACACCUUGACUUUUGUAAUAGCGAGCCCUGUCCAAUCAACGGGAACUGGGCUCCGUGGAGCAGUUGGGGUCGUUGCAGCAAGACGUGCAACGGAGGGCAGAUGCGGCGCCACAGGACAUGUGACGACCCCAGGCCGGCCAAUGGUGGCAGAGCGUGUGCAGGCGCAGACGCACAAAUACAAAGAUGCAACACGGGCGUAUGUCCCGCUGAUGGUAACUGGGGACUAUGGCAGUCUUGGGGAGAAUGCUCUGCUUCCUGCGGGGGCGGACAAAGGACACGCUUGCGUCUCUGCAACAACCCGUCACCUAGUCACGGCGGCCGCUCGUGCCCGGGAGACUCCUCCCAACUGUCCAGGUGUAACCUUGAGGCCUGUCCAGGGGGGCCCCAGAUGGCACGAGGAAGCAUUAUAGGGAAUAUCAAUGAUAUUGACUUUGGUAUCGCCAUAUUGAACGCCACUGCCGUCGACACCGCGUCUGGGGGCAAACUCAUCAAAGCAUCUAUUUCCAAUAUACCAAGAUCACUAGGGCCUGCAAUGAGGAAGCUCAUUUCCAUUCUGAAUCCCAUCUACUGGACCACUGCUCAGGAAGUCGGCGAGGCUGUCAACGGGUACACGUUAACUGGAGCUAUCUUCAGGCGAGAAACUCAGGUGGAAUUUGCCACAGGUGAAAUUCUAAGGAUGACUCACAUUGCCCGGGGCUUAGACGCAGAUGGAGCAUUGUUGCUGGACAUCAUCAUAAAUGGACAAAUCCUUCAGCUGCCUUCACAUGCCGAGAUCAGCAUCAAGGACUACACCGAGGACUACAUCCAAACAGGCCCGGGUCAGGUCUACGCUCUGUCCACCCGCAUGUUCAGCAUUGACGGGGAGAGCGUGCCCUACUCUUGGAACCACACCAUCUCCUACGACGUGUCCAGGGGCAAGAUGCCCUACUUGGUGCAGACGCUUCACGCCACCGCCGUCAGCGCUCAGUAUCACAGCGUGGAAGAGGCGCUGGAAUACACCAUCCAAGCUCGUAUCACCAAGGGUGAUCGCAGUAACCAGUGUCCUCAUGGAUUUACUUUGGUUUCUGCCGGGCCCUACUGUGCAGAUGAGAAUGAGUGUGAAGUGGGAAACCCGUGUUCUCACGCAUGUCACAACGCCAUGGGCACUUACUACUGCUCGUGUCCCCGAGGGCUCGCCAUCUCAGCUGACGGCAAGACCUGUCAAGAUGUUGAUGAGUGUUUGCUGGGUGCGACCAUGUGUCAUGAUGGACAGGAAUGCGACAACACUAUUGGAUCAUACCGCUGCGUUAUGCGCUGCGGCCGCGGGUUCAGAAGAACGACUGCCGGCCACGGUUGCACAGAUAUAAAUGAGUGCCAGGAAUCCAAUCCAUGCAAUCAACUUUGCCUGAACACCGUCGGUAGUUAUCGCUGCGCCUGCGAGCCUGGCUUCCAGCUCAGGAAUCGACGCUGUGUCGAUAUAAACGAGUGCAGACAGAGGGUCUGUCGAUCCGACCAGCAGUGUAAAAAUACCCGUGGCGGCUACAACUGCAUCGACCUGUGCCCCGCCGGGAUGACCAAAGGUGCCAACGGGACGUGCGUAGAUAUCGACGAGUGCAACGAUGGCACCCAUCAGUGCCGAUACAACCAGAUCUGUGAAAACACCAGAGGGAGUUACCACUGCACGUGUCCACGCGGCUACCGAUCUCAAGGAGUGGGCAGGCCUUGUCUCGAUAUAAAUGAAUGCGAGCGGCUUCCGCAGCCCUGUGCCCACCAGUGCGUCAACACCCGGGGCAGCUUUCGCUGCACCUGCCCACCAGGGCGCUUCCUGCUGGGGGACGGCAAGUCUUGCGCCGGGCUCGAGCGCCUGCCGACUUAUGAGAGUUACUCUUACGGCUUCCGAACGUCCUUUCCUGAGCGCCUCUACCACAACUUGGCUUCGCACAGCUAUCACUCGUACACCGCCGCCAAAAGGGGGCGGAGCCGAAGAGGACUGCCCAUAAAUCAGGGCCCCAAAGCUUGUCGCGAGGGGUUUGUGUCCAAGGAUGGCCGCUGCUUAGAUAUCAACGAGUGCGAGGUGAGGGAUUCCUGCCAGCACGAGUGUAUGAACACACCAGGAAGCCACAGGUGUCUUUGCCCGGCCGGUUACCACCUCAUGGCCAACGGCAAGACGUGCCAAGAUAUGGACGAAUGUCUUGAGCAGAACAUCCAAUGUGGAGCCAACCGCAUGUGCUUCAACAUGAGAGGAAGUUACCAAUGCAUUGACACACCUUGUCCACCAAACUACCAGAGAGAGCCCACCACGGGGUUCUGUCUGAAGAACUGUCCUCCAAAUGACCUGGAAUGCGCUCUGAGCCCAUACGCCCUGGAGUACAAGCUCCUGUCUCUUCCGUUCGGCAUCGCCGCCAACCAAGACCUCAUCCGAUUGGUGGCCUACACGCAGGAUGGAGUGAUGCACCCUCGGACCAACUUCCUUGUGGUGGAUGAGGACGUCACGUUACCUUUCGCUAUUCGAGACGAGAACCUGAAAGGGGUGCUGUUUACUACUCGACCCUUACGAGAGCCUCGCACGUACCGCAUGAAGGUGCGAGCCCUCUCUUACAGCCAAGACGGAGGCAUCGAGUACCAGACCACCUUCAUUGUCUACAUCGCUGUCUCCGCCUUCCCUUACUGAGAGCACUUAACAUGACAAAAGCUUGUAUCCUCUUCAUCCAACGCCACUGGGAUUCAUUGAGUUUACUUUUAGAGAAUGAAUAUGAACAUUAUCUUGUGUGUGAGGGGCUAUUGGGAACGUGGGUUUAAAUAGUCCUGGACGAUUGAUUGCUUUUAAUUUAAUCAUAGUUGAUUCCAAAGCUGUUUAGUGGGCUUCAGGUCUGGGAGCACGUCAGGAAAGAAUUAAAAAUUGAGGAGCAAUGACAUUGAAUCCCUGUUGAUUCAUUUAUUUGGAGGUGUAUCACAAGGUUUUUGUCCAAAUAUUCCAACUUUUAACUGACUGGGAAGUUCUUGAAUCAAAUGACAUUGUGGAAAAGUGGCAUGUAUAAGAUGUGACUGCAUGGCACCCUCAGGUAUCAUCAUCCAUUGUAACCACGCAUCAUAAGAACCUCGAGUGAUUCACCAAUUGAUGCCGAGAUGUAUUUUAUUUUUGGGGAUUUGUACAGAAGUGUUUUUGUUUUGUUACAUGUAUUGCUAUGUACUGUCAUUAUUUUCUCUUUUUUUUUUUAAAAUAAAAAUAAAAUGACAUCACAGUGCAAUUAA